AUGGACGGGGAUGAGGUUCAGAACCCAGAAGCCUGGAAGCCAGGCUGGUUCACAGUCACCAAGUGCAGAAGGGAGCUGCAGACUGGGCCAGUGGCCCUGGGAGGCAGAGCUCUGCGGGUGAUUCUAGAAUCGUUGUGCCCCCGGCAGAGCAAACACCUGAAGUUAGAGAUGGUUGACGCUAAUUCCUGGGGACCACUCUGGUCCCCCCACCAUGGAACCCCACCUAACAACCGCAGGGAAGAUGGGGAGAAUACUAAGAAAGCUGACAAAGAAUGUAAACAGCCAAGAUGUCCUGGAGCAGAUGAAAGGAUAAACACGCUAUACACCUGUGUACUGGGCUGCUACUCAGAAAAAAGACACGCACCUCCGCCAUCAGCUGGAGCAGACCGCCUGCGGGCCUGGCCCCUGCACGGGGCGGGUGACGGGGCGGUCCCACCCCUGGGCAGUCUCUCCCCACCAACAAGUAGGACGUACUCAGGUCAGGACACGAAUAUUGACUCAGGAAAACCUACCAGGUGGGAUCUGGAAUCCGAAGAUGGGUCCAAGUUUCAGUCCUGCGGGUGGCCGAUGCUGUUUGUUCCUCAGGAUGUUAAACAUAGAUUUAUCACAGGAUCCAGCAGCCCCACUGGUAAACGUGUCCCCAAGAGGAGUGAGAACAGAGGUCCGCAGGAAAACCUGCACACGAAUGUUCACAUCAGCAUUGUCUAUAAGGGCCCCAAAGUGGAAACGAUCCAAUGUCCAUCAACUGAUGAAGGCAUACAGAAAAUAUGUGGGUUCAAUACCUCUCAGAGCACACAUGUUCUCUACAAUCAGGCAGGUCUGGGAACAGCCUCCCCUGGCUCCUCUUUUGAAAUGUGGUAUUGUCGGAGUCUCGCCAGUUCCCAGAUCGUAGAGGAGCUGAGAGACAGCUUCAGCCAGGCUGAUGCGGAGUCCAGAGUAAAGGCCGCCCACCAGGGAGACCCCACGUUAGGCCAGGAGAGCCCUACUCCACCAUCCAGUCAUUGGCUGAGAGAAGUCUUGGGAGAAUAUGGCCCCAGGAUGGAGCUCUGUGAUGUGGGCGUGGGGCUUGUGUCUGCACCUCCACCCCCAGGGCUCAGUUGCCUGAGGGCAGCAGUGCGAUCAGACACCAAUGCUUUACAGAGGAAAGAGAUGGAGAAUUAUCUCUUCCCUCAGAAAUUCUUCACUGAUUGUUGGCUGAGCUCCAGUCCCACUAUCUGGGCAGUUAAUGCCAUCUUUGCAUUUGUAUGUGGACUGGGGGUCUUCGUCCGCUUACUUUCCUAUUUCCAGCCUGAUCCAUCCUCACCACCAUGCAAGAAAUAUAGGAAGAGCAGGAAGUGCCAAGGGGAGCCAUGGAGAAGGAGCAACAGAAGCCAGAAAAAACAGACUCUGAAAGCUUGCAGAAGUUGCCAGCAAGAGCUGGAAGAGGUCCACAGCUUAGUCUCCCUUCUGCAAAGCCACCUGGCGAGGCUCUCUGACCAGGGGGGCUUUCACCAGCUCUUACGUCAAGCAGCCCCUGGGCAGUUGCACCGAGGGGUGUCAGCUGGAGCCCAUCAGCCAUGCAGGGAGCCUGUGGAAGAUGCUGCUCCCGCCACGGGCCCAUCACCUGCUCGUGCUCCGCUGACGGGGCUCCCUCAGCCUCUGGCCUCCAUCCUGCCAGCGAGACCUCAAGAAGAGCAAACUAACUUUAAAAAAAUCCUGCCGGACACAGUGAGAAAGAACUUUCUUCCAGAUGUCCAGAAUCUCCUUGAACUACUAAUUAGCAAAAAGGUAGAACUGAAGAGUUGUAAGGAGAAAAAAAAAGGUGGGUCAGUUGUCAAACAGUGGUGCCCAGACGACCACGUGAGCUUCUGGGGGACUCUGUGGAAGCUGCUGGGUGCUGAGCAGAACACCACCACCCCGCCGUCCUUCUGGAAUAUGAAAAACAAACCAGAGCCACUGGCCCAAACUCAGCCAUUCUCAUCUCCCAAGGUUUUGGAAGACCACUUGCAAUGGAAACACAGCCAGCUCUUCUGGGGUCUCCCCUCUCUGCAUAGUGAGUCCCUGGUGGCCACUGCCUUGUUCUCUACUCACUCUUCUCGACUACAGGCUCCCUCUGUUUUAUUCAAUGGGACCUCUAAUUGCUUGCCAGUUCUAAUUCAGGAUCAAAUAUCUUCACAGUUUUCCCACGCCCCACCCUUGCUCCACCAUGGGAUCCAACCCCAACCCUCAACGCUAACCUUGCCCCAGCCCCAGGCCCCCCUUGCAACCUCUGUCCCAAUAGGACCACCUUUUCUCCCAUCCCAGAGGAGGACCAGUAGGGUAUCUUGUCCUACAUCCCAGAAGAAGACACAAUCCUUCAUCCCAACUGAAAUGCAACAUCUGGAGUGGCCCUUGUUGCCAAAGCAACAAGAAAGGGGGAAGACUUUACCCACUAUGGAGAAAAGAUCUCCAAAAUUCUUUAGUCAAGUCCCUCCAAAGCUUCCGGUGGACCACCAGGCCUUCCAGGCCCACAGGUCAGUUUCCACCUUUCAAGGGGACUUUGUCAUCUUUAAUAUCCAGAAGCCACAGCUUCAAAGGAAGCCCAGCAGGGAUAAACAGCAAAGCAGCUUGCCCCACAAGGUUCAGCUGUCUCUGGAACUGAUGUGGCCUCGGGAUGAAUUCCUGGGGGUGAGUCAGGCACAGGGAGAGCGGGGGCUCUCAAGGCCCUUUGUGUUUAAAGGCAAAAGCAGCCAGGCUACAUGGAGGACCAGGCCCAGAUACCACAGGAAGUAUCAAGCAAGAUUCCAAGUAGAGAACUUUGGUAAGAGUCUACGGCAGUGUCUGAAGAGGACCCCAACAGGUCUCUCCGGGAUCUCAGCUAGGUUCCCAGUGAAGGUUCUGGGAACCAACUCUGAGAAGGAGUUUGGAAGACCCUUGAUAAGGGCCUUGGAGUGGGACCCAGGAAAAUACUUAGCCAGGGGCCCGGAUAAGAAACAUCUAGAAAAAACAUUAAAGGUUCAUUUGCAGAGGAAAUUGGGACAGAUCAGUGAGGGUCUGAUCCCUGUGACUGUGCGUCGAUCCUGGUUUGUGGCCAGCCAUGCUUUUCCCAAGUCCCAACCCCACAUGGAUAUCAGAAAUCUAGCACCCUUGAAGGAUCGGAAGCCCUGCAUAAACACCUCCCAUGAGCUGUCCUUCCUUUGUCCUAACAUUCAGCAGAAGCUGGAAACACACAUCAUAAGUUUUCGAGUGAGGCGUAAGUGGGACCUACCUCUCCAAACUGUUGAGCCCAUAGAUCUCCAACUACAUGAAGCUCAACCCUUGCCCUUUCCCCAGUCCCCCUUUCCAUGCUCAGCCACCUUUGUACCUAGGGCCCCUUCAAAAGCCACAUUUUACAAGUUCUUGGGGAAACCACCUCAGCCUCAUCCAGGAGAGAAGUAUAUAACUGAAAAGUCUGAUCCCACUUCAGGGAGUCCCCUGCCUAUUCCCUUACCCAUAUGUGAGCAAAUCCAGCAGGCCCUGGGAGGGACUUCACCUGGUGAUGGCCAUCAGUCCUCAGAGACGUCUUUAUCAGCACAGGAGGGCAGAUCACCUUCUCAGGCCUCCAUUCUCAGCCUCCUAAACAGAACCCUGCACAGCAAGACUAUUAUGGGGGCCAAGAAAGACAACCUGGAACCAAGUCCAAGUUUAUCAAUGGCCAGGAAUGAGCUAAAGGAGGAGAGUGGGGGUCAGACCUCACCAGACAAGGUAGCAACACUGAAGAUGAAGCUCAGGUCCCAAACUCCAAGGGCCAAAGGGGCCACGGAGGCGAUGGAGGCCAAGAAGGCCCCUGCUUGGAAAGUCACCUUAAGACCCAGUGGGCUGGCCAACAAAUCAGCCAUUUAUGUGGAUCUGAGGAGAUCAGGAUCUCCAGGUGCUAGGAAAAGCCCCUCACCAUCUACAGUGUUGGUUGCUCAAGAUCCAGGGGAGGUAAGCCUUAAGACAAAGGUUAGUAAGUUUGAGCUCCAAGAGAAGAUAGAGUCAGAGAACCAGCCUGAAGGCCAUACCACUGGUGUGCUUCCUCAAGAUUCUCCCAGGGACAUCCUCCUUCCAGACUCUGCCACUUGUGUGCUUGUCGAAGACCGUGGCACCAAUGUGCUCCUGCCAGACUCUCACACCAAUGCCGUCCUUGCUGCAGACAUCUUGACCACUCAAGAGUCACCCUCCUGUUCCCAAAGGGAACGUGCCAGUGGAGACACACCAGCUUCCCCGGUGUCACAUAACCUUAGCUCAAGUGGAUCAAGCAGUGAGGGGCAGCAAGAGCCCCGUGGACCAAAGGUUGAGGAACCAAGUGACAGCCAGAGCAACAGUGAGACCACUGAUGAGGAAAAGGACCAGAAGAGUCCCAAACCAGAAGAGAAUGAAGACAGGUGUGCAGAACCAUUGGCAAUCAGGGCUUCCCAAGCUAACGAGAUAGGCCACCCUCCCCAGGUCAGAGGAUCAGGAGAGAGCCUUGGGAGCAAAUACCUCCGGCUCAUGCCACCAGAAAAGGCACAUGUUUUUCCGGAAAGCCACUUUAGACAAAGGAUGAAGAAUUUUCUGCAGUGCCUUAAUCCCAAUAAAAGCAAAGGAUUGGAAGGCCCCCUUCAAAAAGGCAAGCCUGCGUCAGCUCCUGUCCAGAGCUGGGUGCCAGUCAGAAGCAGAUCGGUUAUGGACAACAGGGCUGCUGAAACUCAGAAGAUCGUGACAGCUGUAGGACAAGUCCUGGUGGAAAAAUUGGGACUCCACCAAGGAAUUCGGGCCUCAGAGAUGUAUCAGCACAAGGAAUUGCAGGCCCCAGUACAUAGGCGUUCUUGCCCCCACAGGGCUUUCGUCUCCAUAGACCAGAAAAGAGUGAUGGGAGGGAUAGCCUCCAAUCAGCAAGGCACCCCCAAGGGUCACAGCUGCCCUGGCAAGAGCCAGCUGACCAGAGACAGGAAUGACGAGUGGGAAAGCCUCCCCAGGGACCUGGGGCCCCCAGGCAGACCAGGCCAGCACCGGCCGAUGGCGGCAGGUAUCUCCUCCGGUCGAGUUCACCAUUAUCCUACAUGCAGUCUUCGAAAAUGUGUCUCAACCCAUCAGGCAGAGAGCGCUUCACACAUCUUUCCUGGUCAGAAAGAUUUCCUUCAAGAAAAAAUUGAGUAUAUACAAAGAAAGCCCAUUUUUUCUCACAUUAGCACAUCCUCUGUGUGCUAA